AAACGCUAUGGACACGUGGAACACCUGCGGGAGAGCAGGGGUGGGGUCACCCAGAGCGGUAGAUCCGAGCGGGGGAUACCCCAGGAGAUGGGGGUCGAGGAAAGUCCCCAGGGAGGAGAGAGAGAGGGAGGUUCACCCCCCUCAUCCCGGACCCGCUCCCCAAAAGAAAAAAGAAGAAGAAGAAAACAUGUCAGGACACAAAUGCAGUUAUCCCUGGGACUUACAGGAUCGAUAUACUCAAGAUAAGUCUGUAGUAAAUAAGAUGCAGCAGAAGUAUUGGGAAACGAAGCAAGCCUUUAUUAAAGCCACAGGGAAAAAAGAAGAUGAGCAUGUUGUUGCCUCUGAUGCAGACCUGGAUGCCAAGCUAGAGCUGUUUCACUCGAUUCAGAGAACCUGUUUGGACUUGUCUAAAGCAAUUGUACUCUAUCAAAAGAGAAUAUGUUUCUUGUCUCAAGAAGAAAACGAACUGGGAAAAUUUCUCCGAUCCCAAGGCUUCCAAGACAAAACCAGAGCAGGAAAGAUGAUGCAAGCAACGGGAAAGGCCCUCUGCUUUUCUUCCCAGCAAAGGUUGGCCUUGCGAAAUCCAUUGUGUCGAUUUCACCAAGAAGUGGAGACUUUUCGGCACCGGGCCAUCUCAGACACUUGGCUGACGGUGAAUCGCAUGGAGCAGUGCCGGACUGAAUACAGAGGGGCAUUAUUAUGGAUGAAGGAUGUGUCACAGGAGCUUGAUCCAGACCUCUACAAGCAAAUGGAGAAGUUCAGGAAGGUACAAACACAAGUACGCCUUGCCAAAAAAAGCUUUGACAAAUUGAAGAUGGAUGUGUGUCAAAAAGUGGAUCUUCUUGGAGCAAGCAGAUGCAAUCUGUUGUCUCAUAUGCUAGCAACAUACCAGACCACUCUGCUUCAUUUUUGGGAGAAAACUUCUCACACUAUGGCAGCCAUCCAUGAGAGCUUCAAAGGUUACCAACCAUAUGAAUUCACUACGUUAAAGAGCUUACAAGACCCUAUGAAAAAGCUGAUUGAGAAAGAAGAAAGGAAGAAGGUCACCCAGCAGGAAAGUUCAGAGGCCACGGUGGAGGAGCCGAGUCAGUUAAUUUCAUUAGAGGAUGAAAACCAACGCAAGGAAUCCUCUAGUUUUAAGAAUGAAGAUGGAAAAAGCAUUUUAACUGCCUUAGACAAAAGCUCUACACAUAAUGCAUGCUCAGAUGAACUAUUAGGCAUGAAACCCGAGGAAGGUGCUUGCCUGGGCCCAGUGGCAGGGACCCUAGAACCCGAGGGUGCUGACAAAGAUGACCUGCUUCUGUUGAGUGAGAUCUUCAAUGCUUCCUCCCUGGACGAGGGUGAGUUCAGCAAAGAGUGGGCUGCCGUGUUUGGAGACGGCCGGCCGAAGGAGCCAGUGCCCACUGUGGCCGCCGGAGAGCCAGACCCCAGACCCCAGGCAGGCUCAGGAUUCCUUCCUUCACAGCUUUUAGACCAAAACAUGAAAGACUUACAGGCCUCACUCCAAGCCCAAGUGAAAUUGGGAACCAUCACAGCAUCUUGGACCAACAAUGGGUAUGAUCUGAUUUACCAUUUAAAGGGAUCAUCCUGGCUGCUAAAAGUUUCCUUUUCUCUGCUGGUGUUCUAUGAAGACCAAUGUUAAAGGAGUUGUUUUGUAACCUCUGAGUUAUCCUGUUGCCUUUGCAUGCCAACAGCCAUCAAUUGAAUAUCUACGGAACUUAAAAUGACAGAAAAAAAAAAAAAAGUGGAACCUAAGUGUUUGAAAGAGGAAGUUCAUUCAGCCUCUCUCACACCUAUGGACUCCCAGCAGGUACUCCCAGAAUUCCACCACUGGUGCUGCCUGAAUUCAAGGAACCUUCAAAACAGAUGUGGUACAAAUAAAGAACAGCCCCCCUGCUUUGAUGAUUGAUCAUGUAAUCCAGUUACAACCACAGUCUAUGCUUUUAUGAGGACUUUCACCCUAAAAAAGAGGAAAAGAUGAAUAUUGGCUGUAGAUUUUUUUUAUUACGUCCAUCGUCUAGAAAAUGCAUCUAUAUACAUGAAUUGCAAAAGCAUCUAAGUAACUGUUAAACUUCUGACACUUCAUAUUGGAACUGCUUCCCCUGAUUAUCCAGAUCAUCUCAAAACCCAAAUUAAAUAAACAACUGAAAAGUCAAACACAACAUGGAGUACAAAGGCCCAUUGGCAUGUUGGCUUAGUGAAAGAAGCAGUGGUAGAGAGUUGACGUAACCUAAUCCUCACCACACCCUUCCUAGUCAGGUACUAUCAUCAUCUCCAUCAUAGAGCCCAGGAAACUGAGGAACAGAGCAGCUACGUAAUUUGCCUGAGAUCAUACAUCUGAUAGGAGAGAGAGAGAGAGAGUGAACCUGAGCCAUCUGCCUCCAGAGUCUGUGCCUUUCACCUUUCCCUUCUGGCUGCCUCUCUGUACCAAGUCUUUGAUGGCAAAUGUGACUCUUCAGUGGGUUCCUUCAGGCCUCUCCGUGGAUGCUUCCAGAGGGGCAGGACUUAUAAUAUGAUUAGCCUGGCCCUGGGUGUCCUGGACACACACACAGACCAAGGACAGGUGGUUGCCAUGAAGGAGGAAUGUGCAUGUGGGGAGGCAGGGUCCCUGUCAACCACAAAAAUCAGAUGAUGUUCCAGAAUAGAAUAUUUGAAAUCGAGAUUGUCUCUAGAAUCUUCGCCUGUGCUAGCAGCCACCCACAUCUUCCCUGAAGCACAUUCCUGCUCAGUCUCAACCACCGCUGUCCUGGUUCUCUGUGAGGUCCAGGUGGGGCUGCAUCCUCAGGGUCAGAGUGUCAUGAGAACUUCGGGAAUGCUCCAGACUUGGGGGGCAGCAAACUCUGCUCUUCCACAGGCUGCAUUUCCCUCCCACUCUCCCCUCCUCCCUUCUCCUUCACCUCUUCUGCCUUCUCCCCUCCUUAUCUCCCCAUCUUCCUCUGCCUCCCUCCCUCCUUUCUUUGUCCUCUUUCCUCAUCCAUUCCCCUGUGCUCUGGGGAGCAGAAAGGAAGGGGGAUUUAGUAAGAUAACAAUUGCAUUUUCCUCUGCUCCCCACCUCAACUUCAAGCUCUGGGAGAGCCAAACAAAGCAACUUACAUUUAGGAUUAAGUUGGGCUGAACAUUUGAAAGAGGAGUUAAUUUUAUGUAGGAUUUCUAAGAGUUUCUGAAGUUACCAGCAUAAUAGGGGCUGGAAUUUCCUGUGUCAUACAGGGAGGAGAAAAUAGUGCCUUCCUAAGGCCUCUUAAAGUGAGUAGAAGGAGAGCUAGCCAGAGGGGUUGCCCAAGGUAGAGAUGAGGUGAGGCUGAUAAGCCUCAUUUGACAUUCUUCUCCAUUCUCCACCAAUAUCCCAAAUUUAAUUUAGAAAUAGACACUGAUACUGAAAAGACUACCAUCUGCUCAAAAUAAAUGCACCAGGACAUCUUGUGAUUUAGGAUUCUGCAAACCAAAGUUAGGAGUUUUGUUCCACAUUCUCACAAAUGUACAGCCCUGUGUUCCUUCUGGAUAGUCUUUUGUUUUAUACCAUGCCUAGGUGCUAUUGCCAUCUGGGUGGGUUUCUAUUUAAGGCUAAUGUAAUGCCAAGCUUUGCAUUAUCUCAAAUUCACCUUUCCUCAAACUGAGCUCGCCUCUUGCCAUUCCUGGCUUAGCCUGGUUCCAGAUAACAUAAUCCUGGGGCUCAAAGGAUAUGAAGGAGAAGACUGUGGCGUGCAGUUAGAGUUUAAUGCAGUGUGGGUACUUUCAACACGAGCCAGUGGAAUUUUUGUUCCAUCAAAGAAGCAGCUUGUCGAGGAGCAUCUGUAGGUCUUGGAUAUGUGCAGAAUUUAAGUGCCUCCUUUAAUCCUUGGAAGGGGCCUUGAUGACCAUCUAUUCCACCCCCAUUUAGUAUAUGAGGAAAUCAGGGAUUCCCACAUAGGUCUUUUGACUUGCCAAGUUGUUGGAGUUUUAUAUCCAUCAUUUAUAUAAUUUCUCAACUCCUCAGGUUGGCUUACAAGGUCCUUUAGGACCUGACCCCAGUCCCACUGCUGCCUACACUUCCCACACCUUUACUUAGCAUGACUUGACAACAUUGUUUUGCUGGAGAAACAUGUAUUAUGUCAGUAAGCUGGACUCCAGCCAUAUCGAACUUGAGUGAGCCUGGCUCUACCCACCACUGGGCUCUGGUACGCAUUCUCGCUCCUCCUCAGAGCACGUCACCCACCUACACACCCAUGAUGCUUGCUUUCCCUGGUUAAGUUCUCAUCCUUCUGGUUCUCAGCUUCAAUGUCAUUUCAUACACAGAGCCUUCCAUGACUUCCUCUUCCUCCCAGCAGUCCAGGUUAGAUGUUUCUGCCUCCAUUCCCUUUGCACCCAGUAUACUCACUCAUUCCCAUUCUCUCACGUCAUUUUAAGAUUGGUCUAAUUUUCUGUCUCUUGCUUUUGGUUGUCAUGGGCAGGGCCCAUGUUUGUGUUGCUCACCAUCAUAUUUCCAGAACAUGGCUGAGUGCCUGGAAUACAGUAGAUGUUCAAAAAAGACUGGGUGGAUGGAGGGAUGACAAGAAGGGAGGGAGAGAGCAGCAGACAUUGAAUCACUAGAUUAAAAGAAAACAACCCUCAGCUAAUCUCAGGGGUUGUUCCUCGUGCUUGCUGAGCUGGACUAAAAUUCAGAUUCAGCUUAGAUUUAUUGAUGGCCUGCUCUCUAGCCUCUCUACUCUCUCGUUUCACCUACAAGAUCCUAUCUUAUUCAACAACAACCACCUAUGAGGCAGGAAUUUUUACCCACCCUUUGCAGAGAUGGAAACUGGGGCUCAGUAUGGGAAAUAUGGAUGGCUGGGUGGUGCUUGGCCACCUUGGCUGUGGUGUUCCCACUUUCCCUUUCCCUGCCAACCCCACCCCAGAGCCCCCCACGCUAUGAUCAUCAACCCAGCCUGGGCUUUUGCUCUCCCAGCUAGUGAAAUUACAUUCAUGGUAAAGUGCUCCUCUGGAUGGUGUUAUUUUGGCUUCACUUGCUGCUCUAGCUGGCCAGUGUUAUUUCUGGCUGAUUUAUAUUUUCCCUUAUGUAAGUAAAGGGGGCAGGAUUGCUCCAAUAAAAUUUUAUAUGUGUUUCCUGCAAAUGGGUAGCACAGUUGACAUAUCAAAGGAACUGUGAGCUAGGAUAAUCAUUUUGCUCACAGAGCUCUCAGCUCUUGCUCUGUGGCCCCCACCCUUCACCACCCUCUCCUGACACAAUUACUCUGAGAUGGGGAGACAUCUUUCUAGCCACACCUUCAUGUUAAAAACGCCUCAGCCAGCUAACACCAACUAGAGAAGAGUUGAUGGCAAUUACAGGAAUAUUAGCUACACGAAGUUCUCUUUAAAUAGCAUUUUUUUUUUCCUGACAGAAGCCAAGACAUUUGAAAUCUGGCUUGGCAUCCCAUCCAUAAUUACCCUCAUUGCACCCCUCCCCUAAAUAAUUCCCAAAGUGAUAUGAGUGAGGGUGACAUUGCAGCUGAGUUUAUAUUUUCUUUUAUUUCUGUUUUAGCCAGUGUCCCAGCCAUACUAUUUUCUCCCCCUCAUGCACAUAAGUGCGUUAGACUUCUGCUUAAUAGCUGUUCUGAGGGAACAAUAUGACUUGGCAGACUGGCUGUUGCUUCUGCUCCACACUGUGGGACGAGAGAAUAGGGACAGCCUGUGUCUUUGUGAAAACUCUGAGGUAUGUUGUCCCCAUCAUCUUAGACCCCAAUGAGGGUAUGUCAUCAGACUCAUCGUCCUUCGUUUCCUCUGCUCCAGAGAAGCCCCCAAAUCCAUAGAUUCUAGAUGUUGCCUGUAUGAUCAUGAGUGUUUAGGUGAGCAAUAUUCCAAAACCCACAGUUACAAAUGAAUCCAAUUAACAGACAUGUAUUGUCUUUAUAAAGGAAUAUGCCAUUAUAAUCCAAUAGGCUUGAAAAAUGAUUUAUAUUUCUGGUACUUUUAAAAUAUGAUUUGAUAUACAGACAUUUUAUUUAUUUAUAACUUUUCGGGAACAUGCCCAUUACAUAAAGUGAGGGGAGCUCGGUUUUGACAUGUAGAUUUAUUUCUGCCUCCUUUAGGAAUGUGUUCCAUUUUAUACUCUAAAAAAUACAAUGCUUCCAACCUGCCUCGCUUUUCGAGUGUUCUCUGUAGCCAUUUAAAAAAAAUGACUUUUGUGCAUAUUUUUGAAAUGCGAAAAAUUAUCUCAUUGAGUUCCCACUGUAUCGAAUAGCAUAUAGAGACCAGGGAGGGUUGACUUCUGUACCUCUGAUUUGGCUUUGCUCUGGGUCGGUUCAGGGUCUCUCUGAAUGUGUGGAUCUCCUUGAACUCAGAGAGCUUGACAGAACUGAAGAGCUUAAAGCUGCAGGACCUGAGGAAGUGUUCUGAGACAGACCCCUCUGUUUCCUAGGAGAGCCUCUGCCUUUGUCUGGCUCUGGCCUCAACCAAGAUGACCUGAUCCUGAUGGAGACAGUGACCCUUGUGCAGCCUCCUUGGAGACCGCCUAUAACAGUGCUUCCCAAACUUGCACUUAGAAUCACUGGGGAGUUGUUAAAACAGUUUCCUGGGCUCUACCCCUAGGGAUUCUGAUUCACUGGGUCAGGGUUGGCCCUGGGAACUUGCAUUUCUAGCCAGCUUACAGGUGAUACCCAUGCUGCUGGUGUGGGCACCACACUUUGAGAACCACUACUCUAAGAGGUUAAGGCCAGGCUUGCUGGGGGUGCUGGGAAGGGUCCGUGGGCUCUGCUGAGCACAGGUGGGUCUUGAGUACAUUUGGUGUUGGGGAGAGGAUUGUAGGGGAAAAGGGGAAAAGUCACCCAGUUACAUUCUACCUCUUUCAGCUUUAUUUGGUAUACUUAUGGAAUCACGAUUUUAACUUUCCACAUUUGCCACUGUUUUAUGUGAUUUGCGUUUAAAAGGAAUGCUCAUGGGCCAGUUAUCUAGGAACUAGGGAGGUUGUGUUACUCCUGGAUUACACUGAAUACUGGUCAUUUUUUAAAACUGCUUUUUUUGAACUGUAAUUUACAUACCAUAAAAACCAGCCAUUGUAAAAGAAUGGUUCAAGGAUUUCUGGUAAAUUUAUAUUGUGCAAUUAACACUAUAGUCCAGUGUUGGAACAUUUCCAUUAUCCUAGAAAGCUCCCUCAAAAUCUGGUGCUUUUGAUGGCUUAUGAAUUAUGUUAACUACAUAUUCAAGUACCUUUCCAAUGAAUAAUAGUACUUUUAAAAACCCUCUAUAUGUUUGCAUUGUUUUAGAACCAAUAAAUAGGUCAAAGGCC